AUGGCGGAACCCGCCGAUACAACAGAAUGUCUAUCAACGAAGGCUCUGCAGCAGAUACACAGUCUCAUGGGAGAAGACGCUUCAUUCCUUGAGCACUUACCUGUAGAUAAGAUCCAUGAAGCAGAGUUUGAAGAUAAAAGGCACAAGCGCCUCACUUCGCUACCCCGACGCAUGCUCUUCGGUCAGAUCACAGAAGGCGAGAGAAAGGGUUUAGAAGUCUGGAUCCUUCCCAUCAAGACACGCGACGAGAACCAGUGGCCUGGACACCGCUUCAACCUGUUCGAUCGGCUUGGGAAUCUGCACUCCAGCAUUACUAUAGAGGAGGCCAUACGGUUGACCAAUGCGGCAAAUGCAUUUAAGUGGCUGAAGAAGCACGGCACAAUGGAUUCGAAUCUCCUUCGUGCCGUGAUCAGGUACUACUUCAUCGUCAAAAAAGUUAACCCCCCGUCACCGUGGCCGGUUGACAUGCGCUUCACAGCAGAGUUACUCGCAGCAUGCAAGGUGGCAGCCAAAUCUACUGCAGCGAUACCAGCGAAUGAAAAGAAAGCAAACAAGACAAAGACGCCCGCGAGUAUGCCACCCAGACCAAAAGCCAAUAUGACACUGCCCUCUGAAGACGAGACCAGUCUCUUCAUUCCCGAACGCCGGCGUCGUGCCGCUACAUCUGACGCCUUUCAGACUCCAACUCCGCCUACAGGUCUCGCAUCCGGUCAACCAACAACCGAGCCGAUUGAUGAGUUCAAGAGAGCCUUUCAGAGGAAAAUGCUUUCUAAGGCUGCACCCGCGGUCCCAGCAGCUUUGGCUCCAUCAACCCCAGCCCCCAUUCCCUCCACCGCCACCGCCAGCACCAUCUCGAUCAACCCCAACAUUCCUCCUCCCCCUCCUUCCUCUCAACCACCCAGCACCCCUCCCACCACCGGAUCCCUCUCAUCCUUCAUCCCCGCCUACCGCGAAACCCUAACCAGACACUCGGAACUCACCGCUCACCUCCGCACCACGCGCUCCUCCAUCUAUACCGCCAAAUCCCAACUCCGCGAUCUCGAAGCCAAAAUCCAGGAGCUAGAAGCUAAGGAAAAAAAGUUGAAGGAAGAGAUUAAGGGAGUGGAUGUGGAGAAGAAGAGGUUGCAUGAUAGUUUGACGCCUGAGAAGAGAGAAAUGUUCUUGUUUGGGAGGGAGAUUUGGGAGAGAGAAGGGAAGCGGGCUAGGCUUGAAGAGGAGCAGAGUGAGGAGGGCGGUGAGUAUAUGGAUUUGGGGGAGUGA